AUGCGCGAGGUCAUCUCCAUCCACAUUGGCCAGGCCGGCAUCCAGGUCGGUAACGCCUGCUGGGAGCUCUACUGCCUCGAGCACGGCAUCCAGCCCGAUGGCCAGAUGCCCAGCGACAAGACCAUCGGCGGCGGCGACGACGCCUUCAACACCUUCUUCUCCGAGACCGGCGCCGGCAAGCACGUGCCCCGCUGCAUCUUCCUCGACCUCGAGCCCACCGUGGUGGACGAGGUCCGCACCGGCACCUACAGGCAGCUGUUCCACCCCGAGCAGCUGAUCUCUGGCAAGGAGGACGCCGCCAACAACUUUGCCCGCGGCCAUUACACCAUCGGCAAGGAGAUCGUGGAUCUCGCCCUGGACCGCAUCCGCAAGCUCGCAGACAACUGCACCGGCCUGCAGGGCUUCCUGGUGUUCAACGCCGUCGGCGGCGGCACCGGCUCGGGCCUGGGCUCGCUGCUGCUGGAGCGCCUGUCGGUGGACUAUGGCAAGAAGUCCAAGCUGGGCUUCACCAUCUACCCCUCUCCCCAGUACAGCGGUUUGGGGCCGCGCAGCCUCCCCGCGCGGUCAGCUGUCCUGGCUUAG